AUGAAACCGUCAUUUAUACCACCUUCUAAAAAGCUGUAUCGUUCGCGACACAAAAUUACGCGAGACGACCUAUGGAAGUCACUUACGGUCGACGAUUUAACGUUGUCGGUACAUGAGCCUAAUAUAAUUGACUACGCGGUGCCCGUACUACAACCACCAGAUGCAAGCAGAAGAACAACCUGGUGCUCAGACCAAUCAUCAUCAGUUUUCUCGGUAAUACCAGGCGUAGAAUCCGAGGCAGGAUCGCAAGACGACCUGACAUUCAAGCCCAAUGACGACUUGCAGAACUUGAUGUUUCGCAACUAUUCGCUGGAUUCUCUUAUUUUAUCGAAUAAGAAGCGUAUCAGCGAGCACGAGGAAAAUGUGCGUACGCUAAAGAUUGUAUCUGAGGAGCCCGCUGGCAGUAAGUACACGACAUGCGCACGACCACACAAUUUACCCCCGAUGCCCACUACAGAGCGUGCUCAGCAUGGAAGCACAAUCAAAGAGCUCGUUAAGCAUGCUGAGCAUGUCGAAAAGCUCGAAGUUCAAAAACUCAAAUUUGAGAACCGGAGGCUGGUUCGUACCGAUCUGGAAAGCCAGAAAAGAUGGGAUAUGAUCAAGCACGUAAGUCAAGAAGAUAUCCUUAUCGAAGUACGACGUAACAAUUUGAUCUACCAUGGUAUACCAUGGCAAAUGCGGCCGUUGAUUUACGAUCUGUGCCUCAUGAAAGAUGCACGGACAGAACAUGUAGCUCCAUUUCUCGAUAAGUGGCGCGUCAAAUUGGACAAACUUUUGGAGGAUAGAUCGGAUGAAAUUUUUGCCAAUCUCUGUACUCGCUCCAAAUGGUUGACUACGGGUAAAGCGUCUGUUGCCAACUUUUACGAGACAUUUGAAUCUCAAUUCGAGGCACUGUACUAUCAUAUCACGGUCAUACUUCGUCUGGACCCAACCAGGGAUUUUAUUUGGCCACUUAUGGUCGAAACGCUAUGCGAUGUCGUGGAAAAUGGACCACGUGAACUAUCAAUGAGAUUAUUGGAUAUUUUCAUACUCACCUCGUACUAUCACGAAUUGGAUUCCGUACUCGACAGAAUAUGGCCUUUCGUUCUGCGCAAUCAUUCUUACAGAUUUUUUGGUUCACAGGAAGAUAUCAAUAAAAGCAUCAAGAGCGUCCAUAUCGACCUCCCACUGUUGUUGCAGUGGCUCAAAAGUUAA